AUGGGGUGUAAAUUCGAGGUGCAGAUCGCUCCACCUGUCGGUCAGCAAUCGUGGUUACUUGGGACGAGGAAUGUUACCAAUUGCAACAACAAUGAUUACAUAACUUAUGGUACUUCUUUUCAAAUGACAAGUAUGAGGAACGAGGACAGAGAGUGUGUUGUGUUCACGAAUUCCCUCAACCAGGGGAAAUCAAGGAUGUGCAGUUUCACACCGGAUGGAACGAAAUUCAAAGAAAAUUGCAAAGACAUCGAUGUGACCAAGUACCCUAUUGCCGACUGCAGCAGUUGCGCCACAGUUCCUGUAGACCUAUGUGCGAAAGACGCGGUGAAAGAGUUUGUGCCGUGCCACGUGUUCUGUGGGCUGACAGUAGCAGACGACUGCAAGAGAAAGCAAAAUAAACAAACAACUAAUAUAGCGGCGUCAAGUAAUGUGGUCGAAGUUACUAUCGCGGGGGAGGUGGAAACAAUAACAACCAAAAGUACAACUAGUACCACUCCUGCAACGUCCUUGCAGAGUACUACUACCCCGACUACCGCCAGUUCUACCACUGAAGCGAAGUCGUCGGUAAGUACUCCCUUUUUUGCAACCACCGUGCUUACAAAUUCUGCUCCGAAUACUGCUUUGACUACCACUGAGCCGCAAACUUCUGCUACCAGUUCUGCAGCUACAGGGCAAACCACUUCUGCCCCAGUUUCUACCUGGACUACCACUAAGGCGCAGACAUCCGGAACUGCCACCACUUCUGCAACUACAGGACAAACCACUACUACUUCGACUAAUGUCGGAACUACCACUGGAACACAGUCCACUAAAACAACCACCACUUCUGCAACAACCGUGCCUACAACUCCCGCCUCGACUACGGACAGUGCCACCACUGGAGUGCCGUCUACUGAAACUACCUCCACUUCUGCAACUACCGUCCAAACAACUACCGUGUCGACUACUACCGGAACUACCGCUGGGACACAGUCUACCGGACCAACCACCACUUCUGCAACAACCGUGCCUACAACUCCCGCCUCGACUACAGACAGUGCCACCACUGGAGUGCCGUCUACUGAAACUACCUCCACUUCUGCAACUACCGUCCAAACAACUACCGUGUCGACUACUACCGGAACUACCGCUGGGACACAGUCUACCGGACCAACCACCACUUCUGCAACAACCGUGCCAACAACUCCCGCCUCGACUACAGACAGUGCCACCACUGGAGUGCCGUCUACUGAAACUACCUCCACUUCUGCAACUACCGUCCAAACAACUACCGUGUCGACUACUACCGGAACUACCGCUGGGACACAGUCUACCGGACCAACCACCACUUCUGCAACAACCGUGCCUACAACUCCCGCCUCGACUACAGACAGUGCCACCACUGGAGUGCCGUCUACUGAAACUACCUCCACUUCUGCAACUACCGUCCAAACAACUACCGUGCCGACUACUACCGGAACUACCACUGGGACACAGUCUACCGGAAGUACCGUAGCGUCCACUUCGCAGUCUACAAAUACUGCAACAUUUGCAACUACUGUACAAACCACGCAUGCAACAACACUGCAGGCCAAAACUGCUCCGACCAUGACAACAGCUCAGGCGCAGACUUCUGAAACUACUGCCACGACUCCGACAGUGCAAACAGCUCCGACUACUGCCAAGACUACUCCCAGAAGACUUUCUACCAAAACUACUGCAAUUUCUGCAGUAACUAUGCAAACCACUAUUGCCCCGACUUCUAGUACUGCCAGAACUACCAAUGGGAUGGAAUCUUUUGGAACAAAGGUAGGGGCUGGCGCAAUGAUGCUGAUAGGAAGCAGUCGUUCUCGGAAAUGUUUCCGUUUGCGUUUUACUACUAGCUACAGCGAAUGCUAG